AUGGAUACGAAAGACGCCGGCCAGAAACAUUGGACACCUCCUUGCCCACCUGAUGUUAUGGAAGAGACAAAGUAUCCAGUCACGCCAACUAAGCCCCAUAGCAACACCAACAGUCAAAGCUACAUGGAGAGUCCUUUCAAUACCCCGCACGGCAAUAGAGAUUUUGCGCAGCUUGUCGAAGAUAGCGAUGGAAACACAGGACGGCCUGGAAACACUAGGAGCACCCCUCGAAAGCGGGAAAACCGAACCAAGAGAUUAUGCCGCCUCGUCGACAAGCUACGCAAUGAAAAUGAAGAUCUGAAAGUGCGUAUCGAUGAACUCACCACAGCCUCCCGUAAUUUAGCUAUGGAAGAGAGCUGCUGCGAUAAAAUGCACGAACACGAUAUUUUGCAGAGAAUCAUCUCGUACGCCAAAGAUCAUAGUCUCUAUUACGGCAAUCUUACAAUGGAAUCUGUACAUACAAUGCUGAGUAAUAUCCACCACAAAUUGAGAGCAUCCAAUCAUCCGCGAACUGCUUCGGAAAAUCUCGAAGCACAGAUUCAAGCCCUGAGAAAGGAGCUCGCUGCUUCACACGCACAGUGCCAGUCACUGGGGAAACGACAAGCCGUCUCAAACGCCAAGCUUCGAGAAUCACUCCAGGAUCUUGCCAUCUCUCAAGAUGAAGCGCAGAGCCUGCGAACUCAAAUGCAAGCGUUACAGAAAGAGAUGCUUGCCCAACUAUCCAAAGUCGAAUCAGCACAAGACGUAGAUGUUGUGGAGGUUUUGGAUCCCAUACUGCUCCUGAAUCAUGUUGCAAAGCACCACUGGGAUACCCGCGCACGCAAGAAGGAUUAUAUUGAGGCAUGGAUAUGGUCUUUCCUUAUCAUGAUGGUUUUCGAACACCCUUUCAGUUUCUGGGGAAGCUCCAGAGCUCUCUAUGAUAACUGGAAGCUUACCUUCGGUGAGAGUGUUGAGAACGACUGGCCAGAGCCUACCCCAAAAUCUGAGAACUGGCGACGCACCACAACGGAGGAAUUGGUUGGACGGAUUGGGCGUGAAACCGUAACUUCAGGGCAAAUCCGUGGGGGUCGUCAUCGACAUGACAAACAUGCUCAGAAGAUGCAAACUUCGGUGCUCAAGACACGAGAACGAGUCGCCAAUACUAUCAGUGCGCAUCUCACAAUAAUUGAACCAAAUUGCGAGCUUUCGCAUAUUUCGGACAUUGUUGACCGGGCAUUUGCAUUGGCUCUGGACAUAUCCAUUCAGCCUUCCCGCAUCCAAUUUACUUGGCCAGAAGUUGGAGACGAUUUUGAAGCAGACCAUAUGUCUCCGAUUCCCGAUCGCAAUGGUCAAGACAUCGAUGGAGGUGUUGUUGCAUUCAUUGUCAACCCUGGACUCACUCGAUGGGGCGAUGCCCGCGGGCAGAAUUUCGAGAAAUGCCACGAGAUUGUGCCAUCUCUGGUGCAGCUUGAACCGGUGCAGGCCCAGCGAAGAAGUCUUCGUAGUUGUGUCAAAAUCAAGCAGGAGAGGGGAUAUGCUUAG